AUGCGAUUGACCGUCGAACUGAUCCAAAAUUCCCUUUCCUACAUCAACCCGCUCAAGGAUCGCGAGCUAGAUCUCCGAGGGCACAAGAUACCCGCCAUCGAGAACUUGGGUAUCGCCAAGGACCAAGAUGCCAUCGACCUGACAGAUAACGAUAUCACCUCCUUCGGAAACUUCCCCCUAUUCCCUCGUCUCCGUACCCUCCUCCUCGCGCGUAAUCGAGUCAAGCAAAUCCAGCCGACGAUAGCCUCCGCCAUUCCGAACCUGAGUGCGCUGGUCCUGGCAGCGAAUAACAUGAGCGAGCUGGCGGAUCUGGACCCCCUUCGCAACCUGUCCAGCUUGACGCAUUUGGUGUUGAUUGAGAACCCCGUCACGAGGAAGGAGCACUACCGCUACUACGUUAUCUGGCGCAUUCCUAGCGUCCGCUUCCUCGACUACCAGAAAGUGAAAGACGCCGAGCGCGAAAAAGCCACCGAGUUGUUCGGAACCGCCGAGGAGCCAUCGGCUCUUGCGUCCAAGAUCAUGGGAAUCAAAUCUCGCACGUUCGACGUUCCCUCGGGAGGUGCGGACCGGGCGCCCGCCGAUAAGGCCGUGCGGGUGCAGUUGACGGAUAAGGAGAGGAAGCGAGUGGAGAAGAUGAUCCGGGAGGCGAAGAGCUUGCAGGAGAUUUCGCGACUGGAGAAGGAGUUGAAUGAGGGUCGGAUACCCGGUGGAGCGUUGGGUUAUGCGGAGGAUACGGAUGAUGAGGAUAAGAUGCAGUCAUGA